AUGGAACCACAGGGUACUCCCCCCUCGAUUGGGGGCCCUUCUUCGCCAGAUCAACAACUCACUCCUGCCUCGAAGAAGCGCAAUUAUGAAGGACACAUCAUCAAUAAUUCCAACUCAUUUACGCCGCCGACUGAUCAGCAGAGCUGUCAAUUGACUGCAACCCGUUCUCAUACUGAAUCACCGACAAUCAAUCGAGCCAGGACCCCACUCAACGACCUUGGUCCUCCACCUGUUCUUAGUCCAUCGCAGCACCCGAUAGCUCCUGACUCCAAGAAGCGAAAGCUGACGUUCGCCGAACGAGAGGUCGAACGAGCUGUCAAGAGAAGAGAAAAGGAAGAAAAGGAGAAGCAGAAAGCGGAGGCCAAGGUCAAGAAGGAAGAGGAAAAGAAACGCAAGGAUGAGGAGAAAGAUGCCGCUCGAAAGGCCAGAGAAGCUUUGAAGGAAGAGAGGCAACGACAGAAGGAUGUUGAGAGACAAGAGAAAGAAGCCGAAAGGGAACGAAAGGCUGCCGAGGCACGAAAGAAAGAGAGAUCACAAAUGCGUAUAGGGGCAUUCUUUGGUCGUCCAGCUCCAGCUUCCACACCACCAACGACUCCUGAUGAUGUCCUGGUGGAGAUUUCGAGCAGAAGACCAUCGAUUGCUUCAGUCGACAUGGAACCACCUGUUAUUGAGACCGUGUCUUGUGAGCCCGCCAAUCCCGAAUACAAUAAGUGGAUUCUCCCAUUUUUCGUCAGCGGGAACAUGGAACUGGCACCGUUCAAUCGAUUCCGCUCGAACACUUCACUCGUGAACGAUGAUCAUAUUUCACUGAACCAGCAUAUCACUCCCGAAAAAAUCAGCGCACGAUUCCGUAGACGUCGACAAGCCAGACCGGUCAAACCGGUCAAGGAAAUUCUGGAACUGAGUAAUGGAUCGGCUGAUGCACCGAUUGAACUCGGUCAAACUACAGACCCGCUUGUAGGCGUUCCCUACAAAUAUUUAUUUUUUCACCAAGAUGUCCGACCUGCCUAUCAAGGAACGUACACUAGGCCGGUUUCACCGAGGACUGCACGGAAGAUCGCUAUUACACCGUCGUACCGAGGUCUACCAGGUACAGACUAUGAUUAUGACAGUGAAGCGGAAUGGCAGGAACCGGAAGAAGGAGAUGACGAUCUGAUGGAUGAGGAUGAAAAAUCCGAAGAUGAGGAUGUCGGAGAAGAAAUGGAUGAUUUCCUUGACGAUGAAGGACAAGUGGUCAAGCGACAACAUCUCGUGAGCGAUAUGGAACCAAAAUCCAGUGGACUGUGCUGGGAGGGGGAAGACACUCUGCCUGAAAACGGAUUUGACCUUGCCGGUUACCGAAUGGACGUCCUACAUGACGCGACAAAGUUUCCCAUUGACCCUUAUUCAACUAGUCAUUGGUGUGAUAUCGCCAAGACGAGUCCAGACAAAACCGAGAAGAAGCAGCCAUCGCCUUUAGCUUCGAUGUCAGCUCCUCGUCUUCCUCUUAUGGCGGUUGAUGGAAACAGUGGUAAUCUGGUGCCCCGACAUAUGACGACUUCCACAACAAACCAUAAUCGAUCCGAGAACCAGUCCUUAGUGUCAACGGUGAAAGCGAAUGGUAGUGCAGGGACAGGAAAACCAGUCAAGACGAUUCCAUCAGAUAUUUUGCCAGCAUUCAAAGUUGCCGUUUCCGGCAGCACACUGACGAAGACCGGAUUAAUUGAAGUCCUCAAGAAUCAGUUCCCGAAAUGCUCCAAAGAUGCGAUCAAGUACACUUUGCCUACUAUUGCAGAGAGACGUGGUGCGAAGGAAGGAGAGAAGAAAUGGGUGUUGAUCAAUUGA